UGAACGGGCGCGUUCCCGUGAGCGGAGGAGCAGCGUCGUGACGAGUAAGAACAGAGAGAGGUGAGACGGAAUCUCUUCAGUCGUCUGGAAGUGUUUCAGAUCUGGUGUGGCUUUAUUUGAACAUUCACACAGCAGUUUGCAGGUGUAGAAAAGGAAGUUUCUGUAAAGAUGGAGUUUAUUAAAGAGGAGAGUGAAGAAGUGAGUAAUGCAGAAACACAACGAGAGAAAGAGGAAGAAACUGAGGAACAGAGAGAUCUGCUGAAAGUGAAGGUGGAAAGUGAAGAAGUGAAUGAAGAUCAUCAGAAGAUCAUAACGGGAGAACAAUCACAGACUGAAGAUGACUUCUCCCAGAAGAGAACAGGAGCUAAGAAAUCUCCGUUCAGCUGCUCUCAGUGCGGGAAGUGUUUCACACUCAAAGUCAACCUCAACAGCCACAUCAGAAUCCACAGCGGAGAGAGAAACUUCAGCUGUCUGCAGUGCGGCAGCAGCUUCUUCAAGAACGCAGACCUGAAGAGACACUUACAGACCCACAGCGGAGAGAAGCCCUUCAGCUGCCCGCACUGCUCCAAGAGCUUCACACGCAAGGAGAGCCUGGAGAACCACAUCCGGAUCCACACCGGAGAGAAGCCCUUCACCUGCCUCCUGUGUGACAAGAGCUUCAUCCGCAAGGGACACUUCAAGAACCACAUGAGGAUUCACUCUGGAGAGAGACCGUUCACGUGUCACGAGUGUGGAAAGAGCUUCACACAGGCUACGAUCCUCAGAAACCACCAGCACUCACACUCUGGAGAACGACCCUUCGGCUGCGAUCGCUGCGCAAAGAGCUUCAUCUCAGCAAAGCACCUGAAGAUACACCAGAAAAUCCACCAGAAGCUCUUCCUGUGCUCCUUCUGUGGAAAGAUGUUUUCACAGCUGGGUUACCUGAAGGAGCACCAGAAGAUCCACACCGGAGAGAAAGCUCAUGUGUGCUCGGUGUGUGGGAACAGCUUCUCCAGAGCCAAAUAUCUGAAGGAACACCAGAAAAUCCAUACAGGAGAGAAACCCUACAAGUGCUUGCACUGCGACAAGAGUUUCAGUCAGUCAGGUAACCUGAAGAUACAUGAGAGAGUUCACACCGGAGAGAAACCGCACCGCUGCCGGCCGUGUGGACGUAGCUUCAUCACCUCCAGCGCUCUCCUGUCGCACAGGACAAACUGCGUCCAGAAGUUACCAAAGUGAGCAGGAGUCAACAGAGAAACUCAAAUUUUCUUUUGCAAAGUCAUUUUCUUGAACAGCUCUUUCUAUAUUACGUUAACAGUGUGCAGUAGCAUUCAUCAGACGUAUUUGGAGUAUUAUUUCUCCAUGCACAUCCUUAACAAAUUCAUUAUAUCAGUCAGAGUUUGUGUGUGGUGGUGAAUUGAGAAGAAGAGCAGUGAGAACAUGAAGAGAUGAGAGAGUGCUGGAAACCUGUCAACUACAGCAUUGAUGAAAAUGUGAAAUACUGUGUACAAACUGUGUACAUUGGCCACAUGUUAAUUAAAGUAUAUUCAUAUUAUUUAUUUAUAACUUUAACUAAGACCACUGUAUUGUGCUUGGAUUGUACAUUAUGAAAUUUCAAUAAAUGAGAGCAAAACAUUGUACACAGCUGCUCUUUUUGUCUCAGAGGACAGAUAUUCUUGAGUUCAGCAGAUGUUCAGUAUUGUUUCAACAUUGUGUCUUAAUUCAG